AUGUCGUAUCCGACUCUUCCAACAAAUCUCCCUCCGGCGACACCACAGAAACCCCUUCCUGGAGCUUACUUUCAGACCCCAGCGCCAACUGGACCAAGACCACUCCCGACCAGGACACCAAUGUCAAUGCAAACCCAGCCGCAGACACAACCUCCGCAGACCCCGAUGCCGAAGCUACCCCCAGCAGCAACCAAGACCCAAAACCAGACCGUGAGCACCGAGGAGCGCGGGGCGCGGACUAUCAACAGCGCCCUACUUAGUGAAGCGCAAUAUCCGGAUCUUGACAGCUAUUUGUCACGUAAGAUCACACCCAUUCGAGCCAGGGCGCUUCAUCAGAGUACAACAUCCCCGGGGCCCAGCCAUGGGCACCUUUCCAAAAAGGUCAAGAUGUACGACAUCCCCGACCAGAUUUUUGAUCAAUACAACCGCGCGCAAGUUUCGACAAGCAUGGGCUUGUUUGCCGAGCUCAACCACGCGUGGGUAGCCAUUGACAACGCAUUGUACAUCUGGGAUUUCACACACCCGAACCCCCAGCUGGUAGGAUUUGAAGACCAGCCAAACAGUAUCAACGCAGUCAAAUUGACGAAACCACGCGCGGGAGUCUUUUUGCCUGCAAUCACUCACUUGCUGGUGAUCUCUACGACCGCGGAUAUCAUACUGCUAGGAAUGGGAUAUGAGAAGACACCCAGCGGGGGUCAACAAGUCUCUUUGUAUCACACUGGAAUGUCAGUUUCAGUUCGCGGCUUGGAUAUUAAUGUUUUCGCGGCUUCUGAUUCCACUGGCCGCAUUUUCUUCGGAGGAUCGUCUGACACGGAUGUGCACGAGAUUACCUAUCAGCAGGAGGAAAGGUGGUUCCAAGGACGGUGUGGUAGAGUGAACCAUACGAGCUCUCGACUUUUGGCUUUCAGACCAUCUAUGAGUUUGACCAAUCUUGCUCAGAGCUCUGUUGAAAGUGUCGUCCAGAUGGCACUCGACGAAAGCCGAAAUCUACUUUACACACUUUCUUCUGCGUCCACGAUUCGCGUCUUCCACCUGGGAUCUGAAGGCAGCUUGACACUUUCAAUUACCAAACGCGCUAUCGACAUUUACUCCAACAUCGGGCACAUCAUCACCUCCAAUGAGACUCUUAACCCGAGAGUCAAGAUCGUCUCGAUCAGUCCAGUGCCUGCCACAGAAGCGUCGCGCUAUCACCUGGUUGCGACCACCGCUACUGGUUACCGCAUCUACCUGAGUGCCACUGGUUCGUAUAGCUGGGCCCCCGCACCCAGUGGCACCAACCCUCCUACAAGCAUGCAGGCGCUGCAUGUGAAGACACCUCCUGUUGAUAUUACCGCCGGUGGAAACGCCUCUGGGCCAUCUAUCAGCGCAAUUUCCCCAUCUGCUGGCCCGAUCACCACCCUUUCACCCACACGACUCGCACAUCGAUAUUCCCCUGGGUACUUCUUCUGUUUCACCACCAAGGAUCCCCAGCAGAAGAUGGACACCCUUUUCAUCUCGACUCCCGACUCCGGCCGUGUAGCCCAUGUGCAGGACAACGCGACCAACGGCAACAAAGACGCCGAGUCGGCCAUCAUACUAGACCUUGGAGGCAAAGCAGAAGAUAUCGGCCUGGUUUCGGCACCCUCAUCGGUGACCAAUGAGCUGGCUGUUCAAUUUGACCACCCUGCAGCUGAAAUCGCCAUCUUGACUAAUGGCGGAGUUCAUCUCAUCCGGCGCCGUCGCCUUGUGGAUAUUUUUGCUGCCCUACUCCGUAGCGGUGGCAGUCGUGACGAAGGCCCGGAAGGCGAGGGAAGAAACUUUAUCAAGCUUUACGGACGCAGCGAGGCUCUGGCGACUGCUCUGGCGGUCGCUUGUGGCCAGGGUGUUGAGUUGUCCCCCGACCAAAGGAUGACUCGAAUUACCGACCCUGACGUCCUGACCUUGGCACGCCAGUUCUUUAUCGAGCAAGGAGGCCGGGCCCACUUGAACGAGAACGCUGUUGCGGAUGGGACGAUAUCUGCCCUUGAUGCAGUGCAACCCUCUCCACGACACGCGGGUAUUGCUCUUUACAUUUCCCGUCUGUUGCGAUCCAUCUGGAAGGAGCGAAUUGCCAAGGUGGGCAAGGGCUCGAACGGCGCCCAAACAGUUUCAGCGUCCGUGAGCUCAAGCAAGCUGCAAACCAUCCAGCACGACCUCUCCUCCCUGCAAGAAUUCUUCAAGGUAAACAGGAACUUUAUUGAGGGGCUCAGCGGGCCCGAUGCCCUCAACCGGAUGAAUACCAAGACAGAAGAAACGGCGCUUCAAGCCGAGCACCGCGCAUUACAUUCACUGGUGCAGUUGGUGUCGCACACAAUCGAAGGCAUCUCAUUCAUCCUUGUUCUAUUCGAUGAGCGGGUUGACGAGAUUGUGGCGACUCUGCCAGACGACUCCAAGGACAAGUUCCUAAGUCUCACAUUUGAAGAGCUGUUCAGUUCUAGCAAGGGCCAUGACAUCGCCAAGGAGUUGGUUAAGGGAAUUGUCAACCGCAACAUCGCCAAGGGAUCAAACGUCGAGACGGUGGCUGAUGCGCUUCGCAGAAGAUGCGGCAGCUUCUGCAGCACAGAGGAUGUCGUCAUUUUCAAAGCUCAGGAGAUGCUGAAGCGUGCAACUGAGGCCGGUGCCAACACAGAGCUAGGCCGCAACUUGCUCAAUGAAAGUUUGCAUCUCUUCCAGCAGGUGGCCGAUUCCCUGCCUAUGGACUACCUGGUCUCAGCCGUGGGCAUUUUCAUUAGCAACCAGUUCUUCGCAGGUGCGAUCCAGCUGGCGCUCAAUGUGGCUGCCCGCUCCGACAAAGCCAACCUGGCCUACACCUGGAUCAUGGAUGGACGCCCCGAACAGGUUUGCAAACCCUUGCCCCAUGGAACCCGCCGGAAUCUCACAUUCACCCAGGACACCCGAAAGGAAUAUUUCUUAUUCCGCAAGCAGUGCUAUGAUCUGAUCUUCAAGGUCGUUCUCGCAGUUGAUACCCUAGCUGCAUCUGACCCUGGCGUGAUUGACGGCCAACCGACACUCAUUGCUAAACGCCAGGGUGAAGCUUAUGGCGUGAUUUCUGACUCGGCGGAUGAGGUGUUUUUGACCAGCCUUUACGACUGGUACCUCGAACAGGGCUGGAACGACCGAUUGCUGCAGACACAGUCGCCAUUCGUGGUCACCUACCUCCAGCGCAAGUCCAACGACGAUCUCGGCCAUGCCGACCUGCUUUGGCGAUACUACGCCCAGUCUCAGCGAUUCUUCGAGACUGCACAGGUUCAAUUCCACCUUGCCCAGAGUGCUUUCAUCUUGCCAUUGAACCGCCGCAUUGAGUAUCUCGGCCAAGCCCGCGCUAAUGCUUCCAUUUUCACACCCGACGUGGGACGCCAAUCAAGGCAGCGAUUGCUGCAAGAGAUCUCGAACCUGAUCGACGUGGCCAAUAUCCAAGAUGACCUCCUCCAGAGACUCAAGGAUGAUGAGCGCAUUGUCGCCGAGCGGAAGUCUGAAGUACUAGAGGAUGUGGAUGGACCGAUCAAGGAUAUCAGCACACUCUUCAACCAAUAUGCGGACUCAGCUGGCUACCAUGACAUCUGUCUCCAGAUCUUCUACCAGGCCGACCACCGCAACGCAGCUGAUGUCAAAGCCACCUGGCAGCACUUGAUCGACAACACACACCAAGCCACCGUAACGCGGGGCUCACCGCAACCUUACGAAGCGGUGAUCGACAAGGUGCGGAGUCUCGGAAGUCGCCUGCGCAUGUCCGAGACGAUAUUCCCCAUCCGCGAGCUCGUCCCUAUGCUCGAGCGUUACUCCCUGGAGUUCCAGCGGAACGUUGGCCCGCCGACCUGGGUGGUGGAUCUGUUCUUAGAUCUCGGCGUUGCGCACGAAUCCUUGUACACGGUCCUCGAGACCAUGUACUACACCGACGAAGCGCCCUUCCAUGGGUCCAAUCGCCGAUACAUCGCACAGGAUCUGCUCUACCUCCUGACUGGCUGGUUCCAGGAGACCGUGCGACUGGGAGGAAUGGUAUUUGGGUCGGAUAUUGUUGCCGAGCGGAUCUCAGAGAUGCUGCUGAUCCUGACGCAGAGCAAUGUUAUUGGGAAGGAGCAGUUGGAGACCGCUCAUGAGUUGCGGUCGCGGAUCGAUGAUAUUUUGCAGUGA